AUGAUUACUAAAAUAUAGAAUUUAUCUCAUGUUAGGACUCAUCAUAGAUUAUUGUUUGCAGUAUAUCAAUAACCCAAUUUGUAAUAGUUACUAAGUAAAUUAACUAAUUUACUAUUUAGAGUAUUUAGAUAACUGAUUUUGCUACUCAAUUUCAAAUAUCGAUUGAUGAAAAAUUCUAAACUAUCUUUUUAUACUCAGAUUAAAUCUAAAUUUUUAGCUUUAAAGGAAUUUUUAUAAAGUAAUAUUAGCUCUAUACAUAAUUUACUUCUUUUUCUAUAGCAACUACAAGCAUUUUAUUCUAAUCAAAUAUAUGUAAAAUUUAAUUCAAUUAAUCUAAAAUUCAUUUAAUUUGUUAAUAAAUAAUAAAUAGAUAUAUUCUUAGUAGACAGAAAAACUUAAGUGUUAUAGUACAAUAAUAUUUCAGCACCAUCAGGUUUAUUUAUUGAAAAAUAUAUCUAUUUAGAAUACUUUGAUUAUAUAGUAUUAUUUACAAAUCUUAGUAUUUAUGCAUAAAUUUAUGUUUACGACUAUUGGUCUUUAUAAAAUAUAGCAAAGGUAAGUGGUAGUUUUGCAUCAAACUAAAUAGGUAAUGUUGUGGAUAUGUUUUUUGAUUAUAGUUCUAUUUACUUGGCAUAUUUAGAUACUUAUGGAAAUAUUUACAUGAUUCGGUUAUAUGAUGAUUUCUCAAUUUUAAAUAAUUAUAAAAUCACAGAAGUAUUUGAUAGAAAUGAAUAAUUAGUUGGUUUUUCUUUUGAUAAUAUAACUAAUAAUUUAUUAGUAUAUAGCACCAAUACUAUUUAUUAAAUUGAUAUAAGCUAAGCAGGAUAUAGUUAUGAAGUACAAUAGAGUGAGCCAAGUAAUUUAUUUACUUUAAUACCAUUAAAGGGAUAAACAUUAAAUUUUGAGUUUUUGUUUUUUAACAAUGAUAAUGUAUUAUUCAGAUAUUCAAAACAAAAAAUUCUUUUUGAAGACUUAAUAAAUAAUUCUUAAAUUAUUGAUUUGAAUUACUAUGAUCCCUAUGAUACUUUAUUAAUUGCUUUAAUUGACUCUAUUUUAUUAUAUAAAAAUUAUUAAAAUUUAAAAGCUAAUAAUGAUACUCCAUAGUUUUUGGUUUUAGAAUAAAUCUAAUUCUUUAAGUUUCUAUAAUUUAAUUUAAUUCUGACAUAUGACAAAAAAAUAAUUUAUUGUGAUAUAUUAACUGGAUAAAUUAUAGAUUUUGUUUAGCUUUAAGCUUAAGUUGUUGUAACAUCUCAUAUUUGUAGUGCAGAUAAAAAUAAAAUAUUAAUUGGAUUAAGUAACGGGCAGGUUUUACACUAUGAUUUGAAUGAUUUGAGCUAAAAGUAUUAUAAUAUUUAAAAUACUAAUCAAUUUAACACAUCAAUAAUAUCAAUAAUUUUAGUUGAAAUAUAAUAUUAAAAUUAAAUAGCUUAUUCAGUUACAAAUGGUGGAAUAUUGCUAAUUGUAGAUAUCACUUAAAAAAAAUUAGUUUAAGAAUUAAAUCUUAUAGAUUUAGCCAAAGAAGAUCCUUCUAUCAUCUUAAAAGAUUUUGCACUAGAUUAUAAAUAUUCAAGAUAUAUUUUUGUUUUUAAUGGAUAAAAGAAAGCUUAUGUUUGGAAUUUCUCAAUCAACAAAUUAGAAAAAUCUCUCGUUCUUACAAAAAAAUAAGGAAAUUAAUUAAAACUAAUCAACAAUUAUUUAAUAGCAUUUUGCACUUUUUAGCUAAAUAUUUUCUAUGUUUCUGAUUAAAUAUCUCUACUAACAAUUAUUAAAAGAAAUUUCGCAUAUGAUUAAAUAACAGAUUACUAAAUAAUAAAUGAUAAUAUCGUUGUUAUAUUUUUUAUUAUCAAAUAUGAAGUAUUUUUAAUUUAAAAAAAUUCCAAUAGGUUGAUAUUUUAAUAAUUUUACUCAAAUCCAAGAUAUUUAGGCUCAAUAUAUAAUUAAGAAGAUCAUACAUUUAAGCUAUAUGGGUUGCAUGAAACUGGAGUAUUUGAAAAUAAUUUUAGCAUUUCUCUGUAUGAUAGCGACUAAAUAAAGUAAUGUUCUACCAUUGUAUAAGAUAAUGACGUCUCGUAACUAAACUAAAAAAUUAAAAGUAUCUCUCCAAAGUAGGAUUUGUAAUAUGCAUUUUUUGGAUCAACUACCGAGAAUCAGUAAGAUUGGAUAAAUAUAAUUUAGCUUUCAGUAAAAAGUGAAUAAUUCAUAAACAUAAAUCGUUAGAUUAAUGACUAGUACCUGACAAACUCGAUUUUCUUAUUCUACCCAUAACAAGAAAGUAAUAACUUGCUGAUAACUAAUGAAACCUUUUCAUAUUUUUAAUAAUCAUAAUUGCUUAUUUUUAACUAUAAUUUAGUUUUUCUAAACUAAUAAUAAACUAAUGCAACAAUUAAUAAUAAUAUUGAGACAGUUAUUUGGUAGAAUAUAACUAUAUAUGGUUAAUGUCUUGAUAAAAUAUAAAUAAAUUUAUCAAAUAUUAAUACAUUAAUUUUUUAAUCUAUUAAAAUAUAACAACUAUUCUUGUGUAGUAAAAAUACCAGAAAAAAUCCAUAGCUUUAGUUUUUCAGUUUUUAAAACAUAUCUUAAAUCUUCAUUUAUGAUUUAUAAAUAACUAGCCUUUAACUAGACUCAAGAAUAAAUUUUACUCUUUUUAAUUUUAAUUAAAUCUAAAGUAUAUCGAUUGAUGGAUUGAAUAUAACUAAAAAUCAGAAUAUAAGUUCACUCUUUUAAUUUAUUUAAAUAAAUAAUAUUAUGAUAAAAAAUAUUAAUUUAAUUGAAAAUUCAAAUUUUAUGAAUGAUAAUAAUGCUAGUUAAGUAUCUUAUAUAGAUAAAACUAAAUUAGAAUCUUUAUAAAGUGAUUCAGUUUUUAACUUCUUUGGGUGUGAGCAAGUAAUAAUUAGUAAUUCGCUCUUUUAAAGUAACAAUCAAAUUUAAUUGAUAAAGUCAUUUAGUAAAUAUUUACUGAAUAAUUAAUUAACAGUUCUGUUCGAUGAUAUAAUUGAAUUAAUUGAUUUAUAAAUUAUCUCAAACAUAAACCCUAACUAAUAUAUUUUAAUGAUAUAAAGCUCUUAUGUAUCUUAAUCAAAUGUUAUAUACUAAUAGAAUCAAGGUGCCUUCAUAAUAAGUUAAUCAUAAAAUGUAUCAAUUAAUGAAAGCUAAUAUUCAAACAACUAUGCUUAAAAUGGUGGCGCGAUUCAUUUAUCAAAUAUUUAUAGCUAAAUAAGUUUUACUAAUUGUUUAUUUUAAAAUAAUACUGCUUAAAGUAGCGGUGGAGCUCUCUACUUUGAGGAUAUAGGAUCUACAUAAAUAUAUUUUGAUCUAAAAACAUUAAUAAAAUAAAAUAAAGCUCUUAUAGGAGGUGGAUUAAGAAUAGUUCAAACUAACCUAAGCAGUUUGAUACUUCCUUCAGAUUUUCCAUUUAAAAUAAAUGUCAUAGAAAAUAAUGCAAGUAUAUAUGGAGAUAAUUCUGCUACUUAUCUCCAAAAACUAGUUAUAUAAAAUGCAAAUUCUAAAGAAUCUUAAAACGGUUAUUCUUUUAGAUUUUAUGAUGAAUUAAAUUAAUUGCCUUAAAUUUAUAAAAAACAAUACUCAUCUUUAGUAGAUAUCAAAGAUUUCUAAAGUGGUGGCUAGCUUUAAUUAAAGAUUUAAAUUGUUGAUAAUUAUAACCGUUAUCUUUCAUUUUCUCUAGAAGAUUUAUAAAAUAAUUAAUACCCGAGUGAUAUAUAAGAGGAGCUAAAGAGUAUUCAAAUUACGAUUAAUAACCUAAAUACAAACUAAACUUAGCUUAUUGGAGAGAGGAUUUUAAAUUAUAUUUAAUUUGAUAGUGUAAGUUCAUCAUUUUUAUUGACAGGACUUUAAGUAUAAGGCGCUUUAUAAUCUUUGUAAUACUUCUCAUUAGAUUCUAAUAUAUAUAGUAAUUCAUAAAUAUAGCUGCCAAUACUUUUAUAAAUAUAUUUUAGAGAAUGUUUGAUUGGUGAAAUAAUUGAAUAUUAAGUAAAUUAAAUAAUGGUAUGUAAAAUUUGCUCAUAAGGUUAAUAUUCUCUAUUAGAUCCAUAGUUAUUAUAUUAAUAGUCAUAAGAAAAGUAAUCUUAAGUGAAUAAUUAAUGCAAAAAUUGUCCAUAAUCUGCUAAAGAAUGUUAAGGCUCUAUUAUAUAACUAAAAAAUGGGUAUUGGAGAUAAAAUAAUUUGACAGAUGAAAUAGUUGAAUGUAAUUCAUAAAUAGAGUCAUGUUAAGCAGAAAAUCCUUCAUCUAUUAAUUUAUGUAAGAUAGGUUAUAUUGGUCCCUUAUGUUAAGGAUGUGAUAAUUUAGGAGAAAUUUGGCAUGGAAUUCGUUAUAGUGAGACAACUAAAUAGGGUGAAUGUUCUGAAUGCUCUCCAAUAAUAUUUGAAUAAAUUUACUUUUUGCUUAAAAUGAUUACAAUGAUAAUAUAUUUUACACUUGCUACCUUUAAAUUUAUUUCUCAAUUUAAAUACACAUAAACAUGUUAUUAUUUAAGACAAAUUAAACUUUUACCAGUUUCAAAAAGCUCUAUAGAUGACUAUUCUGGAUUUUAUUUAAAGAUAAUAAUAAACUACUACCAACUUUCCUCUCUUCUAAUAUCUCAACCUUAAAUAAUAAAAGUUGAUAUCAAUUUUCUAAACAUCUUUUUUGGAUAAACAAAUAGAUAUUUAAGUCUAGGCGUUGAUUGUAUGUUUAGCGCAGAUAGAAUUAGAAAAUAUGGAAAAGUAGUUUUCUUCUCUCUAGUAUAAUUUUUAGUGAUUUUUUAAUAGUUUUUCUUUACUUUAUUAAUGUUAAAAACUAUUUAAUUAUGUUUUUCAAAAAAAGUAAAAACCUAUCAUUUUUUAACUUUUUUCCAUAUUUUUUUAAUCUUCUUUUAGAUAAGCUAAAUAUCUUAUUUUGUUAAGAGCUUAACUUGCAAGUUUGUAGGUAGCUAAUCAUUAAAUCCUUAUGAUUUAAAUACGCAAUGUCAUGAUUAAGAUACAGUUAAAUUUGUAUUUCCCUAUUCAAUAUUUAUGCUAUUUUUUUGGACAAUAAUGCCUAUAUUUUUUUUAAUAAAAAUAUACUAAAACAAAUUAAGAUUGGAUGAGUGCAGAAUUAAAUAUUUAUACGGAUAUUACUAUGGUGAAAUGAAGAAAUAACAUUUUUAUUGGGAAUUUGUCAGGAUUUAUUUGAAAAUAAUCUUAAUCUAUAUUUAAACUUUACUAAGUUAAACAAGCUAAUUUACAUAAAAUUCAAUUUUAAUAAUAAUUGCAAUUUAUUUAAUGUCACUUAAAAAAUUAAAUCCUUUCAUUUCUUAAAGUAUUCAUUCUAGUGAAAUGUAAGGAUACUCAUUAUUAAUUUUAAAAAUAUAUUUGAAUUCAAUAAAUAGUGAUUCUAAUAAUCUAUAAAAAUUUAUAGAAAUUGUCACAGUUUUGAUAGAUUAUAUUUUUAUACUAAUUUGUGGAUUCACAAUUGCAAUCCAUAAAGCUAAAAAAAUUAAUAACUUAUCUAGUAAAUUUAUAAGAUUCUUACUGAAAAUAUUUUUGACCAAAAAAUAAUUUGAAAAAUAAAUAGCUAGUUCAAAAACUUCAUUUAAAACAUUCCUUAAAUGGAAAUUUGUUCAGAAAAAUUUAAUUAAAAUCCUUUAAUUAAAAAUAUCUUAAAAUAUUAAUAUAGUGUCAUUAAGAUAAAGUUAAAGAGUAAAUAGCAUUCAAACAGAUCUUUAAUAAAGCUCAUUUAUUGGAUUAGUAAAGAGGCCAAAGUUAAGCUAAAGCAACCCUUUUUAAUAUUCUGAAAAUUAAAUUUAUUAGAAGCAUAAAAGUAAAAGUAUCUUCAGAUAAAAAUAAAUUACUACCACAAAUUAGAGUUAUUAAAAUGGUACAGUUGAAAUUAUAAUGGAAUCUAAUGAUAAUUCUGAAUUAAAUGAGUUUGAUUCUAAAAAAUAAUAAAUUCGUAGAAUAACUUCUGAUUCUCCAAUCACGAAUUACAACUUUAACAAUUUGACAUUUGAUUGA